UUGGCCGUAAGCGAGCCAUGCACUCUGCUGUCCUUUGCGCUCCUUCUCUGUUGCGCCCCAACGCCAAAACUCAAACCCUAGAAGAUCUCCAUGGCCGGCUCUGGAUCUCGGAGUGGCCUCAGACGCGGAGACCGGGGAGGAUGAGGGUUAUCACCAUGAGAGACCGGAGCAAGAACCGGAAACCCACCCAGAGGGGGCGGUACCUCAGCAUCGAGGCGAUCCAGGCCGUCCAGGCCCUGAAGCGGGCCAAGAUCAGCGGCGACGAUUCGCUGGAUCGCGUGCUCGAAUCGAAGGUCCGGCGUCUGAUCAAGGCGGAUACGAUUUCCGUGCUCCGGGAGCUCCUGAGCCAGGGCGAGGGUUUCCUCGCUCUCCAGGUUUUUGAAGAGGUUCGGAAGGAGCAUUGGUAUAAGCCUCGUUUAUUGGCGUAUGCUGACAUGAUCAAGGUGUUAGCAAGCAACGAUUUACUUGACAAGGUUGAACUGAUGUGUUCAUAUCUGAAGACAGAGCGUUUGGAGGCUGACACUGAAGGUUUUAAUUUGCUUUUAGAGACUCUGUUGGAGUUUGGCUUCACACAAUCUGCUAUGGACUGCUAUCGCCUGAUGAAGCUGUGGAACAGUGAGCCAGAUGAGUCUACAUUUAGGAUAUUGAUAAAUGGACUUGAAUCCAAGGGAGAAAUGGAUCUUUCAAUUGCUUUAAGACAAGAAGGAGAAAUGUAUUUUGGUAGGCCUCUGGAAUUUUUAGAGAAAACAGAAGAGAUGGCAUCAACUGGUGUAGCUGAGUCUUAGUGCAGAAAUUUUUGUUUGACCAUUUAGCAUUGGCUCGUCUGUUUUAGUGCUGUUAAUGCACUACCCUCACAUUGUUAAAGAUCCAUAUGCUGUUUAUAGCAAGUUUAUAUGAUAAAAGUGUCAAAUGCAAAUCAUGCUUAUUCUUUAGUUAUUUAAUAUAUUUGGUUCCCCC